GCCGCGAUCCAAGCAAUCAUUGAGUAAAGUGAACUCUGUGUCAGUGGACGUGCCCGAACUUUUGCUCGUCGUCUUGGAUUAGUAAGCUUCAAAGAGGAGUUAAAAACAAACAAAAACAACAACAGCAGCAGCAGCAAUGGCCCGUACUAAGCAGACCGCCCGUAAGUCCACCGGAGGAAAGGCUCCGCGCAAGCAGCUGGCGACCAAGGCCGCCCGUAAGAGCGCCCCGUCCACCGGCGGCGUCAAGAAGCCCCAUCGUUACCGCCCCGGUACGGUGGCGCUGCGUGAAAUCCGUCGGUACCAGAAGUCGACGGAGCUGCUGAUCCGCAAGUUGCCGUUCCAGCGGUUGGUGCGUGAAAUCGCCCAGGACUUUAAGACCGAUCUGCGCUUCCAGUCGGCCGCCAUCGGUGCCCUCCAGGAAGCCAGCGAAGCCUACCUGGUCGGUCUGUUUGAAGACACCAACUUGUGCGCGAUCCACGCCAAGCGCGUCACAAUUAUGCCCAAGGACAUCCAGCUGGCCCGCCGUAUCCGAGGCGAACGUGCUUAAGGUGGUUCCUUCCCCUCCCUCUUUAUUUGUCUCCGCCCCUCCUUUUCCCCUCUUCACACGCAAGCAUACAUUAUUAAUAUUAUUAUUAUUAUAAUUUUACGACGCGAUCAGCAUCAAAAAGCAAGCCGAAACCAUACAGAUUUUCAAGAAAACAUUUUUUGAAGCAACUCAACCCAACUCUUUGUUAUUUUUCCCUUUCGAUGGACUUGCAGUUCCAGAGCGAGCAAAAUUUACUGAUUCUCUAGGUUUAAAGAAAACAAAACAAAAAAAAAUCUUAAGCAAGAUGUGAAAGUAUAAAUUUAUUCACAAACCACAGAAGAAAAAAAUACAACACUAGAUGUUUAAGGUAGCUGAUAAGAGGGGCGUGCGAGCGCGUAUUCGCACUGUGGCGCGACAUUCCAGGACCUCGAAAGAGGUCCGAAGGAAGGUCUUCCUGUCCAUCGGAACCCCGCAGCAGAACGAUAUCGCAACUCAAAAAAUAACGCACGCAUCCACCACGUACAGAUUUGCUAAAACAAAAUCGAUGGAAAACGGAUAUGCAAUUUAUAUUUUUUUUUUACAAAGUAAGAAAUAAACGUAAAUGUUUAGUUGUGUAGAGAAGA